AUGUGCUAUUUCGAACAGACACGUUGGAUGUGUGGGUAUUGGCGAUGGGGCCACUUCCGUCAACAAUGUACGAAGGAGUAUCGAACCGGGGAGACCUGCGGGUUGAAGUUGGUAUACUGUACCAACCAAGAGCAAGAUAACUGCAAACUCUGCAAAGACAUCGAGAAGAAGCAACGGAAGUUCACCAAGCUCCAAAACGACAUCUACCGGUGGCAGAGGGAAGGAAACCGGACGGCAACGAUCGAGAAAGCCCAAAGGGAUAUGGGAGAGGUCGACGAGGCAAUCCAAAACAUGCUUCAACAACAUCAUAAUAGGCAGUACUCGGUGGUGUAG